UUUAUUUUCAAAUCUUUCUUAACAACUCAUACACGAAAAUGGCGGGCUUCACUUCGUUUUCCUUAACAAAUCCUAUUGUAUUAACUGUAUCUAUUUUGGCCGCUAUUGGAUGGUUUAUUCUUUUCGUAGGCGGCUGUGUUGCUGCUUUCCAUGGCAUUACAUGGUGGAUUAUCAUUUAUAAUCUUUUUGUUGUUGUUCUAGUCUUUAUUGGCACUGGAUUAUCUACUUUAGCUAACUAUACAAAUAUGAUCAUGAUUUUGUUGACUAUUAGUAUUGUUUAUUUGACUUAUCUUAUCCCUAUCUUAUUGUCUGCUGAACCCGUUGGUGCUAGAGCUGCUUCUGGAGGUGCAGUCAUCUUGAUUAUCUGUGAGUUUAUUUGGAUCUUCUUAUUUGGUUCAUCUGAAGAAUCUUGGGUACAUCAAACAACUCAUCGUUAUAAUGAUGCUGGUCCUAUCAUCGCCACCCCUGCUAUUAUUCAACGUCAAUUGAAUCGUACUGGAGCUGCUGGUACUAGUGGAGCGGCCAAAACACGUAACAGUCCACUUCCUCAAUUCACUACUGAAAAGGAUUUAGCUGAAAGUUCUGCCAAUGUUACUCAAGCUACUGCAUUACACAAUUAUCAAGCAAGUCCUGAUGAUCCUAAUGAACUCUCCUUUGAAAAGAAUGAAGUCUUAGAUAUUUUGGAUCGUAAAGGAAACUGGUGGCAAGCAAGAAAACAAGACGGUACUACCGGUAUUGUUCCCUCUAAUUAUUUUGAAUCCUAAAAUAUGCAUGUUUCCUUACUUAGUCAUUCCAGUUGAUGUUAUACUUUUCUACAUAAUAUUAAUAAAAAAGAAUUCAC